AUGGCAUUAACACCAACAACCCUCAAACAGCCAAUCGCCAUUCGGCCGGAACACAUUGCGUCCUGUCCCACGACCAUCCGGGUCAAGCAACACAGUAAGAGCUGGUCCGGAGGUGACUUCACCAUCUCGACCUGUGAAGGUAAAGCAGGCUCCGUUACUAAAUUAUUCUCCGUCCACGGUGAUUUCGGAUCAUUGAGCCAGCGACGGCAUUUUCGAGAUUCCUCUGGUCUGCCCCUUUUCGAACUCCAUCGUAAAAAGUCCGGUGUGACAUGGUUUGUUCACCUGCCUGGUGACAAAAGCGAUGCCGAGCCUAUUGCCACAAUCGCGACAAAAUGGAGUGCUUUCAAAGACAAGUUUGACGUCCACAUGAGGAAUGCCGCUGCAGGCGGUGAGGACACAGUCAUCGAAGUCCGCGGACAGGAUAUAUGGAAAGUGAAGACGCAUGUCUAUAGCAAUGGGGCACUGGUGAUGAUAGCAAAGCUUACGGACUUACUCUCGGUAUAUGUGCCGGGGAAACGCCCUGAAUGGGAGUUGACGGUUGCAAAAGGGUUGGACCUCUCGCUGGCGUCGAUUAUUGGCGUGCUCCUGGCCACCUUGCUUAAGUACAGCAACUUCUACAUCCUACUGCUUGACUUCUUUCACCUGAGUCUCCCCGAUCAAUUUUGCAAACACCUCAUGCUGUUUCUGAAGUCCCUCAUCCCCCCAGCGUUUUUCGCUUUCUCAAGCAUAUUAUUCUAUGUUGCCAUCCACCUCCCCUAUAGAGGUCGACUGUAUCUCUCGCCACUGCUGUUUGGCAGCGCGAUCCUCUCACUGCAUACGAGCCCCUACCUAACAUGGCUCACCGGUAUGAACGUGCUCUGGGCACUCUUCGCCUGCGUCUGGAUCCAACAUGCAGCGGCCGUCCUCUACUUUGACCAACUGAGAGUGCCCCAGACAACAUCUCCAUGGCUCGCGACAUACAAGAUCUGGAACGAUCCACAGCGUCGUAUGAGCACCGGACUCCCACCACGACACAAGCCCUCCAUUUCGUCCCACAGUCGACUAUGUUUCACAUUCUGCCAACUCGCCAAGAUCACCCUCUGCUGGGCCCUUCAGCUCUUCAUCAUUGGCCCCCUAGUUCCCCUUUAUUUCAAUUUCACCGCGCAAGACUUCGCUCCCUCUCGUAAAGUCUUCCUCCGCCGCCUCCUACCCCUCCACGACAACCAUCCCCCCAUCACACUCCGCGAGAUCGAAAUCCGCCUCUUCCUCUCCAUCUACUGGAUCUGGAUCGCCUACCUCAUGCUCGACCUCUGCAACGCCCUCCUCUCCAUCCUCUUCAGUGUCAUACUUCGCCUCGACACCCCCAAUGAAUGGCAACCCCUCUUCGGCAGCCCCCUUCAAGCAUACAGCAUCCGCCGCUUCUGGACGAAGUUCUGGCACCGCCUCACAGUCUCCUGCUGCGCUUCCUCCGGAACACAGGUCACCCGCCGUCUCAUGGGCAUGACACCCGGAUGCCAAACCGAGAAGAUCUUCGUCGCAUUCUGGACGUUCUUGCUCUCCGGGCUGUGCCAUGUGAUUGCCGACUGGCAGGCGGGCGAGCCCUGUCAUCCGCACGACGAUCUGCUCUUCUUCGUGGCCAACUUCAUGGCUAGUGCUUUAGAGCUGCUUGUGGUGCGCAGGCUGGAGCGCGUGAAGGGAUGUCGUGCGGAUGAUGAUAAGGAUAUUUGGUCGGUAUUGCUGAAGACGAUCAAUGCGGUUUCGGGGUAUGUUUGGGUUUUAGGGUUCUUUUUCUGGAUCACUCCCAAGUGGCAGUAUCCUAAACUGUAUACAGUUUUGACGCAAGUUCAGGGAUACUAG